CCUUCAAAAGCCUCGUCAUAUAGUGUUUGCUGGCUGGGACGCACAAGAGCAAGGGUUAAAAUAUACGAUGUUAAAGAUGUCACGAAAAAGUAGCGAUCCCAUGUUGAGAUUUGUGGAUGACUUAAUGGACCAGUCCGUGACUGAAACCGUUUUGUUGGAAUCUCUGAAGGAGAUCAUGGGGAAGAACAAAGCCACUGGGAGGAACAAAGACAUUGUGACAAGCUACAGAUAUAAUGAUGACGAGAAGAACAAGCAUAAGCAAUUUCGACAUUCAGAUUCCGGAGAGUCGCUGCUUCACAUUGCCGUCAGCUGUAGGAGGAAUGAAGUUGCCAAGGAAAUAAUUAAAUGUGAUAAAAAUUUAAUAAACUGUUCGAGACUGGACGAUGACUACCGUGGACAGACGCCAUUCCACAUUGCCAUAGCCAAAGCCCGACGUGACACUGCUGACCAGCUCGAUCAGCAAGAUCUACUGAAACACAUGAUAGACAAACUUAGUCCUGAUAUGCUCAAAACAGCGAUUCAUACAAAAGUUGUUGGAAAGAAAUUAAGAGGCACUGUGAUGUUAGGAGGGACAUCUUUGUCCAUUGCUGCUUUGAAUAAUGAUAAAAGUAUAAUUGAACUCCUCCUUCAGAAAGGUGCUGAUCUGGAACUUCCAGACAUUUCUGGGAAUACAGUUUUUCACUCGUUGGUUCUGUACGCAUCUUUCCAUCCAAAGAAAGAGGAGAACAUCAUCAACAUGUUUAGACUUUUGGGAAAAAAGAGCAAAGUGAAUAAGAGACAAAACAUACAACGAGAAAACCUUCGAGGACAAACAGCGCUUCAUCUUGCUGCCGAGUUGGGUCUGGACAACGUGUUUAAACACAUCCUUGAUAUGGAAGAUGCAUACAAGUUCUUUACUGGUCAUGACGGUGUUUAUGAUAUCUACGAGUGUGAUAUAACAGAGAUUGACAAAGUAACUUGGGUUAAAACUGUUCUUCAGAAGUCGCCUGAUCACACAAACACAUCACACAGAGCUGAGGGGUUGCACAACGACAGAGAGGAUUGGAAGAUACAAAGAAAGUGGAAGAAAUUGAAACAAAAUAAGAACCAGAGCAUUUUGGAAACCAUAUGCAGUUUGAAGACAGCAAAGGCCUGUGAAUUUCUGAACGACUACACGGUUCAAGAAGUGGUUUACUUAAAGUGGGAGAAGUACUGGCGUUUCUACUAUGCUGGCCUCAUUUUGCACAUAUUACUCAUGAGUGUCCUCACCUACCAUUCUGCAUGUAAACUUGAUGUCAUGUACAAUGCAGGAGAAAAAUGUAACUGGAAUUUCAGGGCUUGGAAUAGCUUCUCAAUCAUCAUUAGUCUCUUUUAUAUAAUUCUAGAAUUUCACAGGACAUUCCUUUCAUGGCAACCUUUCCAUAUGACAAGACUGCAUCACAAUGGAGUAUACAGAUGGAUAUUUUUGCUGUUUGGUUUGGCAUUGCUAAUAGACGCGUCGUGGAAUGUUGUAACUGUUACAAGCAACUACUGUCUGGUGAUAGCAUUGCUCCUUGGUUGGUGGUCAACAACCUUCUUCCUCCGUGGAAUACGACCGCUGACCUACUUAACACUUAUGUUACAGAAAGUGCUUUUUGUAGAUAUGCUGAAAUUUAUACCAAUCAUCUUCAUAAUGUUUUUAGCAUUCACUAGUGCAAUGCACAGUUCGAUGGUGGGAACCGACCCUGGAAACGAAGCAUUUGCGAAUUUCACUAUCAGUCUGGUGACGAUGUUUAAAAUGAUGACUGGUCACGAGGAGGUGAGCGGGCUUCAGGAAGCAUGGAUGCAGGGAUCUAUCCCAGUCUUUGUCCUUUCUGUCAUAUUCUUCCAGAUGUUCCUCCUCAACGUCCUCAUUGCUAUUAUGUCAGACACGUGCAGUAAUGUCAAGAAUUCCGAAAACCUGUUGAGGCUACAGAGAUUGUCCAUUGUUUUAUUCAUUGAAGAUAUACUUCCUGCAUGGACGAAGAAGCCCAUGGGGGAAGAAAAAAACAUUUCCAGCAGUACGAGAUAUCAUCUCAAAAUUGAUCGUUUGAGAGGGACAGACGUGUUUGAAGAGGAUGCCAUUACAUCACUGCGCAAUUUAAUAGUGAACAGAUCAAAAGUAGAGGAGGUGGGCCAUGAUGUCAGAGCACAACCAGUCCAGUAUCUAGUUAUUGACAACUAUGGGACGAGUACAUAACAAAUCAAGAUGUCAUCGUCAAAUUGACAAGUCACAUUGAAAGUGUCAGACUGGAUGAUUGUGAAAACCUAUAUAUGGCUAAGCACGCGCACUAUUGUAGAGUUUGAACAGCAGCAGUCGAGUGCUUCUUUGUUACGACAACUUAGUGUUCAACAUAUCUCUAAAAAUGGUAUCUCUAGAAAGGGUGCGACAAGUGUAAUUCUCAUUUGUGUUUGAGCUGGAAACUCCGCUCGUCAUUGAGCUUGUGAUGUCUGUGAAGCGGUUAGGCUCAUCAUGUAUUUGUUGUUUAUUGUUAAUUAAUGUAUUCGAUGUUAUGGAAUUCCCUUUCCAAUAAGAUUGGAUUCCCAGAAGACUGCAUGGUGGAAAACAGUGGUGGUAUAUUGAAAAAAACUAACAUCUGUUGUACCUAACUUCUAAUUCCACCUAUUUCCGUAAGAAGACGUCCACUUCAGAGGAAACACGUCCCACGAAGCGCAGUUUUGGAAAACUAUUUUCACAGAAGACACUCCACGUCAUCAGGAUCACACCCACCACCGAUGAAUAUAACUCACCUAAAAGAAAUUACCAGCAUUUCAAAAUGAACUUAAAGGUAUUACAUCCGUGUUCCUUGAAAUAAGGACAAUGUUUUAGGCAUAUGGCAUGUACGGUUCCAUGUCAAUGACAAUUAAGACAUGAGUGCAUGUCUUGCUUAAAGGAGAAUCAUUAACGUGAUAUAUAUGUACCUUUCGAAUAUGUCAUAUUUCCCAAUUGUUGGUUUUGUAUAUUGAUAUAAUAUUUGUUUCUUUGUUAUAUUGUUGUCGACUUCUAUCUCACAAUUGUACUUCCUUAAACCCCAAGGGUUUCCGGGUUAGAAUUAGUCCAAACAAAUCUUUUGCUGGUCGUAAGAGGCGGAUAAAUGGAUCGGAUGAUCAGGCUUGUUGACUUGGUUGCUCGCGUGUCACUGUAUUCCGACGGCGGUAGAUCAUUGUUAUAAUAUCAAUCACUGGAUUCUAUGGUCCAGACUCAAUUUUUUCCUGGCUUGAAUGAAGAUGCUUGCGACGUUAUACAACAAAGAAACAAAUCUUUGAUGAGGUCAAGUACACACCUCCUAAUACUAUAAUUAUUACCAGCAUUUAACAAAUUGACUUCUUGAACUUGAACUGGGUUUUAUAGCAUAUGUCUUAUACGGUUCCCAGUUAAUGACAGUUAAGACAUGGAUGCAUGUCUUGCUUAAAGGAGAGUGAUAUUUAAGUGUGACGCUCACACCUUUUUGAUGUUUCAUAAUUUUCAUUUAUGGGUUUUGUAUAUUGUUAUAUUUUGUAUUGUUGUCGACUUCUGUCUAUUUUAUGAUUGUACUUCCAUGAUCUCCUUUUGGGCGGUCGCGUAGCCUAGUAGCUAAAGCGUUCGCUCGUCACGUCGAAGACCCGGGUUUGAUUCCCGACAAUGUGUGAAGCCCAUUUCUCAUGUCCCCCGUCGUGAUAUUGCUGGAAUAUUGCUAAUAGCGGCGUAAAAAACAUACUUACUAAUUCAUGAUCCCCGUGGGGAUCCCGGGUUUGAGUUGGUCCCCAACAAGCUUUGCUGGUCGCAAGAGGCAAAUUAAUGGAUCGGAUGGUCAGGCUCGGUGACUUGGUUCAUAACCGUGUAUUCCGACGGCGAUAGAUCAUUGUUAUAAUAUCAAUCAUUGGAUUCUAUGGUCCAGACUCGAUUUUUUCCUGGCUGGAAUGAUGCUGAUUGCGACGUUAUACAACAAAGAAACAAAUCUUUCAUGUGGUCAAUGUUACACAACGCUUAGAAUACAAUAGCUGUGGUCAGUACAUAACUUCUUCUUUAUCUGCAAUUGUUAAAUGAGCAACUUGUCAUGAAAAUGUGUUCACAUAUAUCGUCUUACUUCGUGAAGAAACGGCUUUCUUUACUGCGACCGUUCUGCGUUACUCCGUAUACGUUACUGCGUAUAUUAUAACAAGCUGACGGGUAUUCUAAUAAUAAGGACUCCGGCGGUCGCCGUUCCCCGGUGUCUUUUUAUUCGUUGUCCGAGACUUUGUGACACGUACAAAUUAUUCUCUAGCGGUUUAAUCGAAUACUUGUAUCAUGUAUUGAUUUCAUAUAUGUUAUGUCAUACAUGUUUGCUACCUUGUUCAUGUAUGUUUUAGUGACUGGUUUUCAGGCAGUAGCGCUAUUAUCUAACAUUUGUAGAUAUUUCUCAUGUAUUUAUGUGCCCAUGAAGAUCCGGGGUAGAAUAGGUCUUCAGCA